AUGUCAUCCGAACUAGUGACCAUUGUGGGAUUUGGCUCUUUGCUGAGCAAGCGGAGUGCGCUGCUCACUACCCCAAGCAUUCAGGGCUACCAGUACGUGCGGGUCAAGGGAUACCAGCGGCAGUUUGCACACCCGGCGCCCAUCUUCUUCGAGCGAGGGGAGUACCCCGGGAUCGCUAAGCCGGAGACGAAGGAAAUCGCCUCCUUGUCUACGACGCCGAAUCCGGAGAGCUCAUUCGUCGCUUGCGCAUACCAGAUUCCCAAGGAUGAGUGGGAGCCUCUGGCAAAGCGCGAGGAGGAAUUCGAGUUCAUUGAGGCUGCCUUCGAACCGUUGGAGGAUGGAGCGCCGAGCCUGGGAUCGAACGUGGGCCUCAUGUGCACGCGAUCGACUGACGAGAAACUGCAGCAAGCGUCGAUUUGGGAGCGCUAUGAGAAGUCGCUCAAGCCUGCCUACGGUGAAGUCAAAGUCUGGAGCUGGGGACCCGACUCAGGGAUCCGGCCCUGCCCCGUGUAUUGCAGACACUGCGUCCUUGCCACGCAAAAAGAAGGCGUGCCAGACUACGUCGCCAAGAGCUUUCUGGAUGAAACCUUUCUUGUGGAUGGGAAGACCACUCUUCGAAGCUACCUCGCAGAGAACCCGCAUGUGAUGGAAAGUGAGCCUCCCGAGGAGUUUCGGGAGCGCUACAGCGGCUGA